AUGGAACCCUCAAAUGAGACGUGCCAGACGAACCGGUUCGUUCCAGCGGAACGUCGCAUUCCAUUUACCGGAACGGCCGGUUCGAACUGGAACAACCGGAACGUUCCGCUAAAUGGAACACGCUUAAAAAUUAUCAUUUCAGUUUUAGGCAAUUGUUCCCAUAUCAACAUCAAAUCUCCCUCUGGUGUCUACAAAACUGAAACACAGGAAGGCAAAAGUCUCGACUUGUUCUGUGAUACGGACACUGACGACGGACCGUGGACCGUGAUACAGAGACGAACAAGUGGAGAUGUAGAUUUCUAUCGCAAGUGGACAGACUACAAGAACGGUUUCGGAGAUCUACUGGGAAGUUUCUGGAUUGGCAAUGACAACCUUCACCUCCUAACUACCAUCCCGAUGAUCCUACGUGUGGAACUAGAGGCCUGGGACGGGACAAGAGGAUAUGCCCAGUACUCAGAAUUCCAGGUGGCCAAUGAAGAUCAGAAUUACAGACUUUUCGUACAGGGGUUCUCCGGCAACGUUUCUCAUGAUGCCAUGGACUACCAUAGUGGACAAGCCUUCAGCACGUACGACCGGGACAACGACCAAAGAUCUGAUAACUGUGCCAUGGACGUACUGGGUGGUUGGUGGUACAAUGGAUGUUAUCACACGAACCUGAACGGGGGAUAUUUCACAUUCAAUGGACAUGAGAAUUCCAAAGCAAUGGACUGGUGGUACUUCCCUAGCGCUCGUCAUCAAGCUAUUCCUUUAAAGAGAACCAGGAUGAUGAUUCGAUAGAUACGUGAUGGCGUUGGAUUUACCAGAUAACAAAUUGUUAAGUGAAAUCGAUAUAGGCAACUAAAGCUGAAUUGUAAACACGAACAAAUAUCCACAAAAUUGCACAAAACUAGUCAAGUAAUAUAUCAAAAUGCUAGUCUGGACAUGUACAUUUGUAGUUUCUCGGCAUCAUCAAUGACUUGUAGUAGAUGUUGACAGUGUCUUCCGUAGAGUGUCUUUGUGGUCAAAUGUAGCACGCCGUUAUGCUCACAAGUGUCUAUAGUACACAAUAGUAGCAUUUGUUUCACCAGAUUUGACUUUAUAUACAUAUAAACACUUAUUCUUUUUUUUACCUUGAAAUGCAAAUGGCGACGGUGAAUAAGAUUAAACAAAUAUGCUAUAUAGGAAGCCCCUACAAACGCCGACGCGUCCUAGAAAGACGGAACAGCUGAAUGGUGCUUCAAGAAUCACUGGCGACUCCUAGAUAGACGUAACAGCUGAAUGGUACUUCAAGAAUCACUGGAGAGUCCUAGAUAGACGUAACAGCUGAAUGGUGAUUCAAGAAUCACUGGCGAGUCCUAGAUAGACGGAACAGCUGAAUGGUGCUUCAAGAAUCACUGGAGAGUCCUAGAUAGACGUAACAGCUGAAUGGUGCUUCAAGAAUCACUGGCGACUCCUAGAUAGACGGAACAGCUGAAUGGUGCUUCAAGAAUCACUGGAGAGUCCUAGAUAGACGUAACAGCUGAAUGGUGCUUCAAGAAUCACUGGCGAGUCCUAGAUAGACGGAACAGCUGAAUGGUGCUUCAAGAAUCACUGGAGAGUCCUAGAUAGACGGAACAGCUGAAUGGUGCUUCAAGAAUCACUGGAGAGUCCUAGAUAGACGUAACAGCUGAAUGGUGCUUCAAGAAUCACUGGCGACUCCUAGAUAGACGGAACAGCUGAAUGGUGCUUCAAGAAUCACUGGCGAGUCCUAGAUAGACGGGAUAGCUGAAUGGUGAAGUUUUAUUUGGCAUAUGAUCAUUGCUCAAUAAACUAGCAGUAGCUCAUUUCCAGUAAGGAAGUAUCUGGUCAGAUCACUAAGUUAACAGAAAUGUAAAAAAGUAAGUUUACAAGUAAAUAAUUGUUUACUUCAAACUUCAGUGAUGUACUUCCUGACUAAAUUGUUUACUUUCAUACAUUCAAUCCUCAUUAGCUAUCCCUUUUAUGUUUAAGGCCUGAAAUGCGUUCACAAAAUGUCUCGUUGAAGGAUUAUAUAGUCAAGAACCAUAUAAAAUAAGAGACAUUAUCAAUUUACAUGGAAGAGAUGUUCGUUAAAAAGGUCCUAAAAUUACUGAAAGAUGUUUUUAUGUGAAUUAUUUGCAGAAAAUUCAUUCCUUUCAGACGAGUCUGCGUACUUGCCUAAUAUAUGUAUUCAGGUAUGAUAACAUCUUUGUUAACAAAUAGAUGUAGUUAUUGAAACAUUACGACAUGUAUGCCGUUUGCAGAAUCAAAAGACGAAAUUUGUUUCAUCGCAAAGAAAACGAUUUGCGUGCCGUUUGCAUGAUCAAUGGAAAAAAUUGUUUCGUCGACGAAUGUGUUUUAAGUGUGAGCCUUGACAAUGAUGAUACAUUUGUUCACUGCUACAAAUACAUUAAGUUUCUUUCCUUGCAUCGUAAGGUGGAUUGGUCGAACGACCCUUUACCAUUAAAUUUUUCAAGAUACAGGGGCUGAAAGGAGAUCAUUUUUUGUAAUCUGUGUAAUUAAUAUCAGUAGGAUUUUUGAAUUUGUCAAUAAUGAUUUAUGCUACGUUAUUUAACGAAUUCAAUAAAUAUUUCAAUAUGAUAAAGCCUGUAGUGUAAGAUUCUGUGUAUCAUACAACUGAAAGUAUCCCUGCUAUCAUGUUUGAUUCAUACUAAGAGGGCUGAUUGAUAAGUUCUAAGCCUCGUAUUGAAAGAGGUACUUAAGGAUGUUCUUGUUAAGUCCUACUAUUCUGCGACUAUAUAGGGCUGUGUACCCAAGAACUUGUCUCGUUUGGUUAGUUUAUAUCGACGAGGUAGCACUCUAAAGUAAACAAGACAAACGGCUUUUGUAAAAUGGAAAAAAAAUGGUUAGGAUUAGGGUCUGGGUGAAUGAGUAUGUCAUUGCCAUGGCUGUCAUUCACGAUUGUGGCUUUAAAUUAAUUGAGCAUCCGCCUUAUUCACCUGAUCUUGCUCCAUCAGACUUUCAUCUAUUUUCAAAACUAAAAACAUCUAUUUCAGGUACCCUAACCCUAACACUAACAUGCAGUGGACGAGUUUCUGAACAGCCAAGAAAAGGAGUUCUAUAAAAGUGGCAUUGAGGCCCUUAAACACCGCUGGCAAAAGUGUAUAGAUACUGAAGGGGAUUAUGUUGAAAAAUAAUAAAAUAUGUCCGGCAAAAUUCAAAUCCUUCAAUAUGAGGCUCCCAACUUAUCAGUCAGUCCUCAUACAUUAUAUAUAGUACUUACUUACAGGUAAGAAACAGAAAAUGUACAUGUUUACUGUAUGUAUAUUGUAUGUAUCUAUCAAUUAAUUGUGAAUGACUAUGUUUGAAAUUUUCUUCUUAUGUAUACAUAUUUUUAAUGAAUAAAUAAUUUCAAUACUUUUGAUUGUGUAUAAUCCA